UUUCUUGAAUAAAAUGAAUAAAAUACAAUCAUCUGAACAUCCAUUUGAUUCUCAACCAUUGAACGGUUCGAUUGAAGCAACUCUUUAUCCAGAAAGAUGGCCAACUUACAUUCAAAAAUUAGUUUACUUCUUCUUUUCUCAAUCUUCUUUGUAAUCAUUAAUUGUGAAAGUGAAAAGAAACCUGAAGACAAGUUAAAUGUACCUCAAGAAAAUAAAGAUUUCAAUUCUUUUGCCGGUAAACCUUACUCCUACAUGGAGCCCAAUUUUUUUGAAAAAAUUGGUCUCCAUUUAGCUAAAGGUUGGCAUGGAUUUAGAGGACUUUUUGGUCGACGAUCAAACAGACGAAAUGAAAACAAUUACAAAAAUGGCGCCUAUGAAGGAAAGGAAGAGUUUCAACAGCCUUUUGAAAAAGAGUCAACAACAAAUAAAGAGUACCCCGAGUUUGGUAACAACAAUUUUGGUAAUGCUAAUGGUAAUGGUAAUGGUUACUCUGGAGAAAGCCAGGGCCAAGAACAGGGCCAAUUAUUUCAAGGUAAUCAAAAAGGAAACCGAGAAGAAGUAGGUUUUGUUGACGAAAGAAUAAAGGAAAAUUCUGAGAAAGGGCCGAAGGACGAUAAAAAGUUUGGAUAUGAAGAUAUAUCUGGUAAUCCUGGUAAAACUGCUGAAAUCAAGAAUGGUGAAAACAAGAAGUUAGAUGAGCGUAAACCAUUCAAACCAGAAAAUGACAAUUACGAGGCUGUAUUUGGCAAGCAAAACGUACCAAAUGGAAAACAAAGAAAAAUCAGAGCUGCUUUCAGAGGACCUCGCCUUCCAAUUCGAGGACCUUUCCGGCAACCUUUCCGCCAACCUUUCCGAGGACCCUUCCGAGGACCCUUCCGAGGACCCUUCAGAAGGCCUGGCAACAGAUUCCGAGGAUAGAGGAUAGUUUGGACGUUUAUUUUUUCAAGUUAAUGAUGAGCAAAAUCUUGGUUGAAACAAUUUCUUGUUGAUCAAGUUCUUACUGUACUCAUAGACAUUUACCUUGAUCGGAACUAUUUUUUCAAAUAAAUUCUUACUACUAAUUUGCA